ACACAAUGACUCACUGAGAGCGAGUACAGGACGUUACAUACACUUUACUGUUAGUCCUGCGCGUUGGCCGUUGUGUGAGAAAAGUAAAAGUGAAAAUCAGGCCCUUGAAAUUUUGUGGAAUAUUUAUUAAUUAUGCAUAAUUAAUAACAGAUAAAUUGUGCGCGUGUCCCUUGUUUGUUUUGAAUAACGUUUGCGACUUCUGUAGUUUGACGCGUGCGAGUGUGCCACAGGAAUUCGUGAGCACAACCAAACCUUUUGAGCUUUGCUAUUUCUGGUGUGCUGUAAUCUAUAAUUGUGAUAUACUACAGCAUAGCACACACACACAUAUAGAGCUUGCCAGUGUAUACAUGUACGGACAGCCGCACACAUACUACCAAACGUAACGUACAAGACGCCCCCGCUUUGCCCUUGAGCUGGCAUAGUGAGAAGCAUUCGAUUUUUCACAACAAGACGUGAGAAACGCAAAAAAAUACCCACACACACACACACACGACUGACUAAAGUUUGCGCAGCUCGCACGCGUUAUAGAAAAAAAUAUAAAUAUACACAGAGAAAUAUACAAUAAAAAAACGUAUAUAUAUAUAUAUAUAUAUAGAGCAAGCAAGUGGUAGGCGUUAAUAAUGGAUGUGCUUAAUCAAAUACUCAACAUUAAUGCUGGUGGCGCCUAUGGCGGGGGCAAGGCGGGCGGCGCCUUCGAUCCGUUGACGUUUGCCAUGAAACCUCAAGUUGUCAUACGCGCCCUAUGCUGGCUCUUUUCCAUUGUGGUCUUCGGCUGCAUAUCCUCCGAGGGCUGGGUCGAAAAGGAUGGCAAGGAGAUGUGUCUAUAUAAUAACGAUGGCAUGGCCUGUAAAUAUGGCAAUACCGUUGGCAUUUUUGGCUUUCUCGCCUCCAUGUACUUCAUUGGCGGCGAGUUCAUGUUCGAGCGCAUGUCCUCGGUGAAGAGCAGAAAGCGUUACGUCAUGGGCGACAUGGGAUUCUCGGCUGCCUGGGCAUUUAUGUACUUUAUCGCGUUCUUCUAUUUGUGGUCCCAGUGGAGCUCGGCACCCAUGCCCCCGCAGGGAAUUGGCGCCGGCAGCAUGAAGACGGCCAUUGUAUUCUGCUUUUUUAGCAUCUUCAGCUGGGCUCUGUGCGCCUUUAUGGCCUAUAAACGUUUCCUGAUUGGCGCCGGCGACGAGUUCACCUCGGCCUUUGAGACUGAUCCGGCCAACGUGGUGCACCAGCAGGCAUAUAGCUACUCCAUGGACAACGACAAUGAGCAGUACAGUGCCUCGCCAUUUGGUCAGCCACAGCAGGGCAUCGAACAACAGUCGGGCAUGGAGUAUCAGCAACCCACCUACUAAGCGUAUCUCUUAGCAAGUUGUGCCACUCCUCCGUUGUCGACACACACAUUUUUUGGUAGUGCAAAUGGCAAAUACAAUUUUUACACCAACUGCAACUAUAGUGCACAAGUUGGCUUAACCUAAUACACCGAUGUCAAGCAUAUACGAACAACAACAACUACAACCACAACUACAACAACAAUGCCAUGCAUUUGCUUCAGCAAGGAAUACAGUAAGCAGCAAGCCGAUCUGCUCAGAUGAAAGCCCUAUCCUUAUACAGUAUAAUAUUAAUGAUAAUAAUUUAUAAGCUAGCCCCCUAAGUUAUGUGUGCAGUUUUUGUAGUGAAAAUUUGUUGCAAUAUGUACGAGUAUGAUAUAUACA